AUGAUUUCAACAUACAAAAAGCCAUUUAAUUAUGAUAGGGCUUCAAUGUGAUAUAGUAUUUUUUUGACGUGCAGCCUCUUAUUUUGAAUUUGCUGUGGUAUAUCAAAAUGAAGUAAAGCUGCUGCGCUUAUAAUUCUGCUAGCAGGAUGAGCAAUACUCGGAUUAUUUGGCAUAUUUUUCCAAAAAAAGUAUCUUCCAUGCCUUUUGAUAUCAGAAAAAGACAAAAAUAUUUUUAAUUUGUUUCGAUUUCAAUUGUCAUCAACCAGGAUUGAAGAUGCUGGAAUUGGCAGGCAUGCUGAAUAUGCUUAUAUUAAAAGUGAUAAAAACGAAAAGGAUGAAGAAAAUCCCGAAAAUAGUAAAUUUAUUAGAUAA